AUGCAUCUCCACACACUUGGAAGCGCAACCCUGCUUCUCGCCAUCAGCUCCUUCGCCUUCGCAGCCGCCCCCACCCCAUCCCCUCAACUCGCCACCUGCUUGAAACCCCUCGGCAGCAAAGUCAUCACAAGCAAGUCCUCAGCCUACGCACAACAGCGCUAUGCCUUCGAUCUGCGCUACACCUUCCAGCCCGAAGUCAUCGUCAUGGCCCAAUCUGAGACCGAUGUCCAGACUGCCGUAAAGUGUGCCAAACAGGCCAACAUUCCGGUCGCACCCCGCUCAGGAGGCCAUUCCUUCGAGGGUUAUUCCAUCGGCGGCCAGGACGGUGCCCUCGUCCUUGAUCUCACCGGCUUGAACGGUGUCAAGGUAAAGGGGUCCAAGGCUAAAGUCGGAGCCGGCGUCCGUCUCGGCAAACUCUACCUUGAGCUGUUCAACCAGGGUGGUUGGACCAUCAACGCAGGCACCUGCCCCAGCGUCGGUAUUGGCGGACACGCCCUCGGAGGUGGAUUCGGCUUGCUCUCUCGUAAAUAUGGUCUUUUAAUCGACCGCAUCGUCGAAAUGGAGAUGGUCAACGCCGACGGCGAGCUUCUCACCAUCUCUGCCACCCAGAACCCUGACCUCUUCUAUGCCCUCCGUGGCGCCGGCGGUGGAUCCUACGGUGUCGUCACCUCCUUCACCAUUCUCCCUGUCAAGCCUGCCCCCAAGGUCACCUCCUUCUCUUAUGAAUGGAAUCUUUCCGACUACGCUAAGGUCCUUAAGGCCUAUGUCAACUUCCAGCCCACAGCCAGCCGCGACGUCGGUGUCGAAAUGAACGUUGCCUCUAGCGGCCUGGAGCUCUACGGAAUCUUCCAGGGCCCCAAGGGCACGCAAUCCGCCGCCAUGGCCUCCUUCUUAAAGGCGGCUCCCAAGCCCCGGAGCUCCGACGUUCGUGAGAGUCGACAAAUCGAUGCCCAAUUGCGCUUCGCCUUCGUCGAGGGUGGUAACAAUGACAAGGACAUCAAUGCUCUGGCUCUCCAGCCCCCCUACCACCCUGGCGAUUCUCGUUACACUAAGGGCAAAUCUCUUGUCUACCCCUCUGUUCUCAAGUCCUCGACGAUCGCUCUGCUCGGCAAAUGGGCUGCCAAGACACCCAAAGGCUCGACCGCUAACUACAUCAUUGUCGAUCUCUGGGGCGGUGCUGUAAGCGAUACCUCUGCCUCUGACACCUCUUUUAUCCACCGCGAUGCCCACACCGUCUUCGAGUUCGUCGCCGAAUGGGAUGAGAGCUCGAGCCCCAAGCCUGGCAAGCCCGACUGCAAGGACUGCCUCAAGUGGAUGAACGAUAUGUACAGCGAGUUCCUGGCCGAUUACAGGGCCAACUACUCGACCUCCGUUCGCGGCUAUCAAAACUACAUUGACUUGGCUAUGCCCAAUUGGAUGGACGCCUACUACGGCCAGGCCGUCCCUCGCCUAAAGCAGAUCAAGGCCUCCGUCGACCCUGCCAACGUCUUUAGAUUCCCUCAGAGCAUUCCUCUUAAGUAG